UGACUGGUUGCGAUGACGCACAGGGAGUGAUGCUGAGCGGCGGUGAGGUGAUGCGAGAAUGGUUGGUCGGUUGGUUGGUGGUGGGGAGGAGGAGGAAGAGGAGGAGGGUGGGGCAGCACUGGCGGGAGGGAGGGGUGGAUGGGGGGUGGAAUAUGGAGAGAAAAUAGCUCAAGAGGGCAGUGAGUGAUUUUGUGCUCAUCAUCAUCUGAAGAGACUCGGAGCACCUGGGGCUGGCUCUGCAGAUUAUCCCCGGCAGAUGUGAGCGCUCUCCGUCAUGAGCGCACUUGGCUCUCCGCCCGCCGCCGCCUCCCUGCGCGACUCGGCAGCCGGAGCCGAGUCCAAACGCCGCACAGCGCAGCAGCCGUCGGGAUGCGGGAACAGACUCAAAGUUAGGCGCAGGAGGCUGCCGGAGAAUGCUGCAGCUCAAUAUGCCCUUACAUGCUAUGGGGAGAGGCUGUCUGUUAAGUGCUGCUCACCUCCUACUCGGCCCAAAAAAGUGGCUUCUCGUUCCAGCUUUUAAUACGAAAGACUUAAAAUUUGGGUCUGGAGUGACGUUUUUAUCUUUGGCGAGGGGAUGUGCAAGGUACACCCGUGUGUCCAACCUCCCUUUGUAGUGCUUUUCUGUCAGCGUUUUGCACCAGCUGUAUAAUAUCAGAAAUAACAUCGCAAAUGUUUUCGAGAUGGAUUACCUGAUUUCAACAAAGUAGGCUUCAUUUGCAUAUUUUAUUCUUCUCUCUCAGUAAUUCUUGAAGCAUCCUGGUGCAUUGCCGGCAUAAUGGCUCAUUUGCGGGAGGCCUCAUCAUUCAAAUUAUGUUUUGACAAGACUGCCUUGAUGUGAUCAUUACUCUGAUGGCUUUCACGAGAAUGCCAUGAAGCCCCUUUUUUUCUUUGGAGAACUAAACUGAAGGUGCUGUGCUUUCCACGGACCCCCGUGCCCAACAAUCAGCAGCGUUUGGAGCUGAUGGGUCCCGUGUUGGACAACAUGACCCCAGCUUCUCUGACCCAGAACUGCACGAACUGCAGCCACAUUUUCUUCCCAGAGCUCAGGGUGGUGAAGACUGUGGCUCUAGGGAUGAUUCUUGGCGUGUUCAUCCUGUUCGGAGUGGUUGGAAACAUCCUGGUCAUCCUCUCCGUGGUUUGUCAUCGCCACCUUCGGACGGUCACGCAUUAUUUUAUUGUCAACCUGGCAGUGGCAGACCUGCUGCUGAGCUCCACCGUGCUACCCUUUUCAGCCGUUUUGGAGAUUUUGGAUCGCUGGGUGUUCGGACGGGUUUUUUGUAAUGUUUGGGCGGCUGUGGAUGUGCUCUGCUGCACGGCCUCCAUCAUGAGCCUCUGCGUGAUUUCCGUGGACCGCUACAUCGGAGUCAGCUAUCCUCUGCGCUACCCCUCCAUCAUGACGAAGCGCAGGGCUCUUUUGGCAGUGAUGCUGCUGUGGGUGCUCUCCAUAAUCAUAUCCAUUGGACCAUUGUUUGGUUGGAAGGAACCGGCGCCGGAGGACGAGUCCAUCUGCAAGAUCACCGAGGAGCCAGCAUACGCGAUCUUCUCGGCCGUCGGCUCCUUCUACCUCCCCCUGACCAUCAUUCUGGUCAUGUACUGUCGAGUUUAUGUAGUCGCUCACAGAGAGAGCCAGGGCCUCAGAGAGGGCCACAAGACGGAGAAGUCAGACUCGGAGCAGGUGAUUCUCAGGAUCCACCGUGGAAACACAACCGCACUGGAGGAAGAGACCCUGCGCAGCCGCACGCAUUUCGCCUUGCGGUUACUCAAGUUUUCACGUGAGAAGAAAGCUGCAAAGACGCUGGGCAUUGUGGUUGGCUGCUUUGUGUUGUGCUGGCUGCCGUUCUUCCUGGUGUUACCGAUUGGCUCCAUAUUCCCUGCAUACAGACCUUCAGACACGGUCUUCAAGAUCACCUUCUGGCUCGGCUACUUCAACAGCUGCAUCAACCCCAUCAUCUACCCGUGCUCCAACCAGGAGUUCAAGAAGGCUUUUCAGAGUUUACUCGGAGUCCACUGUCUGAGGAUGACUCCCAGACCGCACCACCACCAUCUGAGCACAAGUCAAAGUCAAACCCAAGGUCACAGCCAGGGCCUCAUGCUGAGCCUCGACAGCAGGGGGGCUCCCUGCAGACUCAGCCCCUCCUCAUCGGUGGCCCUUUCCAGGACUCCUUCCUCCAGGGACAGCAGGGAAUGGAAAGUCUUUUCCGUGGGCCCCAUCGGCGGCGGCGGGGAGGGGCCGGCCGAUACGAGCAGAGCCAAGGUGGCAAAGCUGUGCAACAAGAGCCUCCGCCGCAACUGCUGCUGCAUCCUCAGUCCCGAGACGCCCCCACAAGAAGCCGCUGUUGUCGGAGACCUUCCGACGAUUAAAAUCCACCAACUUUCUCUGUCAGAUAAAGGAGAGCCUGUGUGACCUGCUGUCGAAGAUGCACUGCUCUGGACUCUUACUUAAAAAGUCAAAGAUGAGAGACUAUGUUUUAUUUUAAUACUGUUGCUGCUUUGAAGCUGAAAUUUACCUCAACUUUAAAAUUGUUGCUUUUAUUUAAUUUUUCUGCAGAGUAAGUUGGCUAAGAAGGCAACAAGAAGGAGGUUAUUAUUAUUAUUUUUCUUUUGUCAAAUAUGUCAAUGAAAAUGAUCUAAAAUCCCUUUGGUGAGGUGGACCAGCUAAUCAAAGCAUUCCAAGAUUUUACAUGCACAUUGUGUAUAAAAUGCAUGCACUGCCUGUUAAAAUUACAGGUUUUCUUAAUUUCUGGACGUUUUCGACCUUUAAUGUGACGUAUGACCUGUACAGGUCUAAAAAAACAAACUGAAAUAUUUCAAAGGGGAGGGUUAGGGUUAGGGUUAGGCUAAAAUCUAAACAACUUAUGUCUUAAGUGUGCACGCCCUCUUAUUGUAUCAUGUUUUUGUCUUCCGAAUUGACCCCUACAUUCAAACUGAUGCUAACCAGGGGUCAGUUGCUGCUCGUUAAAAGUGCCAAACCCAACAAAGUUGACUUGUGCUAGAAGAUGUUUUCUCACCUUUCUUUAGUUGCAACUCACAGCAAAAAUCAAAGGCUGCCAAAGCGUCGGAAGAAUCAGAUUUCCAAAAAGGUAUCAGUCAGGAGAAGACUACAAGGCAUUAAAUAUACCACAAAACACCAAACCAAAAAACUAAAAGUCCAACCUAAAUAAAUAAAACAAUAUGAAAACAAAUGGUUAGGACAGAAGCAACAUUAACUGCAAGGAAUUUUACUACAAGUAUUGUCUGUGUGGAUGGUCAUGCUCUUAUAUCAGAGUUAUAUUGUAAUGUGUCAAGAAGGCAGCAUUUUCUUUCAAUGAAAAAAUUUGUAUUGUAUUUUUGCUACAUUUUGCAAAAAUGCAUCAAAUGUUCUCUAAAAGUAUGAGGAAAAAUGCGUUGGCAUCAGAUUAAGCCAACUUUUCAUCCAUAAUUCUGUUAAAAACAAACAAAAACACACAGAACAUCAUUAAUAGACACAAUAUUCAUAAGCCAUCAGCAAUACUACUCGUCAAUGUUUGUACAAACUCUUUGGACUUAUAUUACAAAGCUGAAGAUGAAUAAGAACAUCAUCAUUCAACUCAGAAAUGCUUAAAUAUUAAAAGGUGCUUAAACAAAGUAUUAGUUUAAUCGGGCACCACAUAUUCAGCUGUACAAGAAGAAUUUCAGGAAUGAUUUACCUAAUGUCUUUAUAGAAACAGAAAUCUGACAUUUUAACAGCAGUGUGGGGACUUUUUGUACGCGCUCCAUUUUCCAUUAAAGGAGAGAGGCUUAAAUGUGUAAAUGUGUAAAUAUGAAGGUUUAAUCUACUGCAUGGUUUCAAAUGACAUAUUUAAAAACAAAACAACAAAAACACGCUGGUGCUCCCGAUGUUUCCAAAGUUUUCCUGAAGCUGCUCAUCUUGUGAAAAUGUUUGCCGAGGAACCUCACAUGCUUCCGUGUCACAAUAAAUUCCUACGACAUGUUUCCCAAGGGGGGAGGAUUUCUGAG